UACGUAAGUAAUUUGGUUGAUUCACGAUCGUGCUAUGACGCCAAGAAUAGACGUGCUAUGAGUUUUAAUGCUUACAACAAUUUUUAAAUUUUUUCUAUCGAGCCGUAGGUAAAAAAAAUAGUUGUAAAACAUUAUAUCACGUGUAUUGCUUAUGCGAAUUUUUUUUUCUAAUCCAAAAAUAGUGAUAAAUUGAAUUUAAAAAGUCAGCAAAAAGUUUGCUGCCUUUUCAAACCCUCAAAUGCUGGAAACAAAUGUUUGAAAAAUAGCGAGAAAACGAACAAAAAAGCCUCACAAUUUUUUAUCGCUUAAAAUUUUCCUUGAAGCGUGUCCACUUGUUAGCAAAACUUUACUUUCUUAUUCGUUUUAGUCAGUUAGGGCAAACAAAUUUUAUGGUAAUUUUUACUCAAUUUUGCGGGGGUCAUAAUAAUUUGAAAGCUACAUUAAACCAUAUUUUGCGAAUAAGAUCAACACUGUUUACCUUUAAACUUCAGUUUAUUUCACUAGCGUUACUUCAAGGGCAACAAAUCUGAAAGACCGUUUGCUCACUUAUAUUCUGCUUCUGCUUUCAUUCCUUUUAUUUUGACUUGCAGUUCAAAUAAUCUGUCAAAUCGAAAUUUUGGCCCAGUCGAAUUUCUACCCAGACUAAAUGUAUGCGUAAGACCCCGAGACAAGUGAUGCGAAAUAGCCCGAAUCGAGAGAGUUAUCUCAACACAAUAUACACAUAUUUCAGUUGGGCAGCUCAUAUAGGAUCCCCCAAGGACCAAAAGGCAUUCUAAAAAUAGUUCAACUAAAGCUUGAUUUUUAUCAUACCUACCAUGAAGUUAGGCCAAGUUAAUAUUGCAUACCAUUAACAUUAUAGCCUCGACCAUCUAUUUGUCAAAAGCAAGAUUUUGUUUAUACUUUUGGUGUUGAUAGAAAACCCUCUGCAAAUAUUUCUCUCAAGUGUUAUUUAGGAGUUUACUUGUUGGGUUCCAAAAUUAGAUUUCCGACUUCGCCUUUCUGAAAGGCAGACUAAAUACACGUAGCAAACCCGUCUACUGGUUAUUAUUAAAUGCGGUAAAAGAGGCCGAUUUGAAGCCUAGUGGGCUCAAAAAUUUUCACUUUCACUUUAUAUAACCCUAGGGAAGUCAAAGUACAGCGCUACCAGCUAGGGUUGUAUAAUAUAUUCUGCUUCCUGGAAACACAAUUGAUAUUAUUGAUCGUCCCAGCUUUACUCCAGCUCAAUUCUGAAUCGCAGCACGGCAAAAUAGUACCAUACUAUACCAUUAUUUUCACUGUGCUUUGUUAAACUAAACGUUACCAUGGAAAAAGACUUUUACGUGUUAUAAUUUAUUUCCUUCUUUGUCUGACUCUGAUAUCAUUAUUAUAACAACUUAUUACCAAAAAUCGUCUGUCUGCGUUGUUAGGUCCACUUUCCAUAUACAGCAACGCUCUUUCCAUUCACGGCGUUUGAUUCGUUUAAUACUAAAAAUGCUUUUUUUCUCAAGACUUUCAUACGAAAAAGAGAGACAAUAAUAUAUAGCAGAGAACAUUUCGCUUUAAAAGGUUCCGAGGAAUAUUUCCUUUCCAAUUAGUUGUACACAAAAGGUUCCCUUAAUAGCCAUAGGCAUAUUUUGCCCACAAGUAAAUUUUAAUCAGUGGUUUUUACAGCACUUUUGAACUUCUUUGAUACUCAACAGAAGCUUUAAACAGGAUUCAGUUUGAUGCGUAAAAGGAGCGAGGGAAAAAUAAUGCAGAGGUCCGCGGCGUCUACGGGAAAAGAAAAAAAAACGAACUCUCGGAAGACCAAAAAUGGAAUCGAGCGUCCCGGAAUUCUAAUGGAAGUACCUGCCGACGCUUCUCGCGAGCUCAGUCGACUGGAGCGCGGUUUCAAAUAUGUCACCGAUAUGUCGAUAGGACUAAUCGGGUGCAAAUUUGUCCUCAAGUCGAAGACUGAAAUUAAAGAAGAUCUUUUUAAACUCUUCGUCGAGACGUACUGGAACUUCGCACCAUUGCUUCGCAUGAAUAUUAUUGAAGCUCCGAGUAAAUUGGACCACCACUUUUACUUCAAGGAAAUGAAGGAGAUUCCUUUUGACCAAAUCCUGAAAUGGCGGAAGUUGGGAGACCAUGAAAAUCUGCAAGAACAAGUCGAGAGGGAGAUUUGUAUUCCGUUCAACGUCGACCGAGAACCCCUUUGGAGAGUGAUUGUUUUCGACUUGAAACACGAAAUAAACAACAACGAAGAAUAUCCCUUCAAAAAAGGAGUCGUUCUUGUGGUGAACCACACCAUUUGCGAUGGAGUAGCUUUGAUACAACUCUACAAACAAAUCCCACAAAUUCUUAACUUUUACUUGCGGAGUAACGCAGAGUCUGCAGCGUGUGCUACCUCAUCAUUAUCAACAUUGUCAUCCAAUCCCAUCCCAAGAACCGAGCGAGUUCCAGUUGCGGUUGAGGACGUAGUGCCAAAUAUCCACUUCCCUCUGUGGUUCGAACUGCUCGGAACAAUCGGGUCGAAAAUCCUUGCCAGAACAAAAGUUAUACCGCCAUUUAAUCACGAGUUCUUUGAAAAAUUCCAGCCUCCAAUUUGGCAAAACCCUCGAAUCGAACCGGCGCCGAAAAUCUUAACGUUCAAACUGGACACUGAAACUACUACUAAACUCAUUAGAACAACAAAACAACAAAAAUGUACUUUUACUGGUACUUUAAUCGCUGCAAUGAGCAUUGCGUGUGCGAAGCAAAUGCAAAACGGGAAAAUAUGGAAAGGUUCAACUUUCAGAGUUGCUAUUCCUGUUGAUCUGCGGAGGUACUUUUUGGAUCACAGGUAUGACAACUGUAUAGCGAAUUACACGUCUCUUUCACCACUAUGGCUCAAAUGCUCAGUGAGACCACUGAAGAAGAAAGAAAGUGAGCACUCGUUCUUUUGGAGCAUGGCGCGACAGACGAGUCGUGAAAUUCACAGGCUAGUUCGUGGAUCCGAGACUAUAAAAGCGAUCAAUGUCGUCGCACCCUUCAUGGACAAUCCGUCGUUCGCCUCCGACAUGUUGAAGAAAACGGCCACGCAUAGCAGUGGCGGUAGAAUUGCUCUGUUUAGCAUGUCCAAUCUCGGGAUUAUAAAUGGUCCGAAGGAGAUCGACUCUGCGGGAUACCAGUUAGACGACAUCGCGUUUGGUGCUAACGAAGUACUCGGGGGUUCGAUUUUUUCAAAUAAUGUUGCCACAUAUGACGGAUGUCUAAUGUGGAACAUGGUACAUGCAGUGCAUGUUGUGUCAGACGAGACAGCAGCUCAUGUUUUCCAGGGUCUUCGAGAAACCUUGAAUUUGUUCAGCCGAAUGGCAUCUUCGGUAGAGCUGUCGUCUUCAGAACAUUGAGAAGUUUUCAAUCAAUCUGAACAUAAAAGUAAUUAAAAUUAUGUAAAAUCUAGUCCGAAAGUAUAUAUAUAUUUAUUGAUGUUGUCCAUUAAUUAAUCCUAUGUACACUA